UGUAACAUUCGCACCAUUGCCUCUAUUUCGAACGCGGGUUUUCUCCCUUUUCUCCCCUGUAAGGCGCAAGAAUCUGGUAUUCCUCUGUUAAGUGAAAUCCACGGCGGCAGACGUUUCGAUGUCCAGCCCCUCGCCUGACUCCUACAUCGGGAGCCUCAUCAGCCUCACCUCCAAGAGCGAAAUCAGGUACGAGGGCAUCCUCUACAUCAUCAACACAGACGAAUCCAGCAUUGGAUUGCGCAAUGUUCGAUCCUUUGGAACUGAAGGUCGCAAGGAUGGUUCGCAAGUUCCUGCUAGUGAUAAAAUAUAUGAGUUCAUACUCUUCCGUGGAAGUGACAUCAAGGUACAUGCUGAACUAAAGUAUCAGCUUAUGUAUCCCGUACUGGAAAAUACAUUUCCUAUUUUCUACUUUGAUGGCUUUUUUCAUCUUUUCUUUCAUCGUUACCAAGGGGAAGAGCCCAACGAAGAGUCAAAGUUCAACGAGGCAGGGGGAGACCUUUUGGCUCCUCCUGCUCUAGCACUAGCUAUAGCACAAACUAUAGCACCAGCUAUAGCACCUGCAUACGAGCUUCCUUACUACGACACAUUUUUUCAGUGA